CAACCCGUAUAUGGUUUGUGGGUGCAUUAUCCUUCAAUCGAUGACGUUGAUCCGACUCGACAACGAUGGACACCGGCAAGUCUUACCACAAACAAGCCACAGGCGCAGCUUUGGAGACAGUCCAGCAACAUGCAACUGAUCAAGAUAUCACGCUGUUUGCUGGGUGCUUCUGUCCGUUCGUACAGCGUGUAUGGGUAGCGCUGGAAUAUCUCGAGAUUCCGUACAAGGUUUACGAAGUCGACCCGUACAAGAAACCCCAGGAGCUACUUGAGCUUUCUUCCAAAGGUCUCGUUCCAGCUCUGAGACUCAAUGGUUAUGUUCCCCCGCGAGCAUUGAACGAAAGUACUGUCAUACUCGAGUACUUGGAAGAUCUGGCGUCCACGUCAACCAAGCGCAGCCUUCUUCCUCCUCUCUCAGAUCCGUAUGCACGCGCUCUUGUCCGGCUCCAAUCGGACCACGCCAACCCGUGCCGACGUCGAAGUUGGCGGAACGGGGUUAUGGAAGGAGGUGUUUAUGACAUUCAUGACUGUCAGGGUUAUUCAGAGGCCACCAACGUCCUCAAGCAUUAUCGUGGGCUCGAACUUCCUCGAGGACCCAAAUUCGACGGUUGGUUGAACAGACUCUUCCAGCAUCCCGCGUUCAAGUGCACGUGCAGCACCGAAGAGCUCUAUCUGGAUAGCUACGAACGUUAUGCAUUCAAUCGGCCGAACACGAGCCAGGUGGCGAAUGCGAUCAACACUGGCAGAGGAUUACCUUGAGCGAGAGAAGAGUGGGAUUGUAUUGCUGGACAUGUAUAAUAGUCAAGUUUGGGUGUCGUUCCGCGACAGAUCCAAUUUCGAGUUGUUUUUCACGGCA